AUGGCACUCAAUGUCGUAUUGACUGUCUCACGAUCACUAAUAUCGACAAUCCUUCAACUGAUGUUUACUGAUACUACCACUUCCUAUAAUAAUCCUAUCAGUACUGCUACUCCAUCAGUUUCAGUAACUCCAUCAAUCAGUGAUUCAUCAGAUAGUGUUAUUGCUCUUGGUGUGUCAGUAGGUGUAUUGUUGAUUCUACUAACUGUCAGUGUUACUAUUAACAUCUGCUUUUUUAUAAGAUUGAAAGGUUAUUCUACUGAUAGUGCUAAAUCUAUUAAACAUGAUACAAAAGCUGAUGAAGAUAUUGUAAUGCAAGUAUGUGAAUUGUAUGAACUUCACAAGACUAAGCAAAGUGAAAUAGUUUAUGAUGAAUGUGAAGCGACUUCAUAGCUGACACAAAUUAUGAACUUUGAUUAUUAAAAAAUAAAUAAAUGAGUAUAUUUUUAUUAAAGCAUAAUGUGUAGAUCAAAAUUUAUUAGCUUAGACUGUGUUGUAUUCAUGAAUAUUGACUUGUGUUUGUGUUAUAAAUUGUUUAACCACUUACUCA